CUACCCCACCCUACCCCAGCGAUCACCUUCCAUGAAAUCUCGCAUGCUGCGGAACCCAAAGAUGACAACACGACUGUUGGUUCCUUUGCUGCUCUUGUUGCUGGCAGGAUACUGCAAUGCCUUUUUGUCGAAUCCUCUCAGCCUCACACGAAUCUCUCUCAGCACAAAAGUCUGCUCUGUCAGGCGAGAGAAGAUUCAUUUUGCUGGACUGCGCAUGAUCGAAGAUACCAGCACUGAUGAAUGUGAAGGGCCUGCAAGGGAGGGCAAGGUCGGAAACGUUGACAUAUCUAACUCCAGAUGGAAUCAAGAUGAGAUCAAAACAGAUGGGAUAAUAAGACUUACGCAGCCAGCAAUCAGCCAGAUUCAGAAGCUUCGUACGAACAGAGGUGAACAAGAAGUGGUACUACGCGUUGGCGUACGAGCUGGAGGCUGCAGUGGCAUGUCUUACGUAAUGGAGUUCGAAGAUGCUAAGAAUGUUGAUGAAUCAGAUACAGAGCUCAAAUUUGAAGGCUUCCGUGUAGUGGUCGACCCCAAAUCGCUAAUGUUUAUCUUCGGGAUGGAGUUAGACUACAGCGAUGCUUUAAUUGGAGGUGGCUUCAAGUUCAGCAAUCCAAAUGCAGCAAGCACCUGUGGAUGUGGACAAUCUUUUGGUGCUUAAAGAACUAGUUGUUCAGUUUCUUAAAUAUCUCAUCUACG